AUGUCAAGACCAUCAUCACGCCCGAUCGGGGCAGUAUCGCAUAGCAGCUUCCUUAAUGCUAAAGUGAGGUCAUCUUCGGAGCAUUCGCGUCCGCAAAACUUUAAUGUAUCGAAUUUGGAUCAAACUGAUGAAUCUCCGACUACCUUGACCAAAACGCCUACUUAUGAAUAUUACGGAUUCACUCUGUACUUGACUUCGUUUAUUGCGUUUGUUAUUUAUUUAUUAUGGGCAUAUUUACCUGACGAAGCUUUGAUUUCCUUGGGUAUUUCAUACUUUCCUAACCGUUAUUGGGCUAUAGCAUGGCCCGUGUGGACAUUUGUUUUGAUUGCAUUUAUAUACGCUGCAUUUUUUUCUAUUAAUCUAAUGAAUACUGCGCCAAUCGAUUCGUUCAAUACAAUAACAGAUGACUAUGCAAACGUUGGCCAGAGCCUAUCCAGAUUGUCUGGAAUAACUGAUGACUUUGUGCCUGGUUUACACGACAUUCCAAUUGGAGUCGUAAAUGCGUGUCUUUACCAAGACUUACGAGGGCCAUGGGAUGAAGACGAGGACCCAUAA